GGGAAAACACGAACAAACAGAUGGCAUGGUGCAACCAUUCGGUUCGUUCUCCGUCUGGUUUCUCAUUUUCUCUGACGUAUUUGAAAUCCCCCCUCCCUGGGUCUUCUCCUCUGUUCCUCCCCACAACGAUCGCAGCGGUUCCUUCCCCUCCAUAGCAGCAGCCGAAUCCCUCGUGGAAUCUCCCAUCGCCCUCUGCGCCCAGCUUCAUCAGACCCUUGUUCGGAGCAUUCCACAAGCAAAUCAUCUACCAUGUCAACACCACAGCACACCACCAGCACGGCAGAGUCAACGAGCAGCUGUGGGAAUCUACAGAGUACAGCACACAAUCAACCCAUCCUGAACAACCUUAGCAUCAACAUUGACAUUGACAUUGACAAUGACAAUGACAAUGACAAUGACAAUGGUGAUGAAAGUAGCGCCCAACAAUCACAAUUCCAUCCUGACAACUGCACUGCUACUGUCGCAGAGGACCACACCGAGACAACACAGCCAGACCUCAGCAUUGUUCCUUCCCCUGUACGGCCUGGACCCUUGCAACAAGACGACCAUCGAUCCCCUGCAUCCACAUCCGCAGAACAGCAGCACACAGCCAACACCAAUCCCUCGACUCCGAUACUCUCCCCCUCCGCGGAGCCAAUACCCCUAACCCCAGAAGAACCAGCCUUAGCAACAUCAUCAUCAACCCCGCAACCCCAGAUACCUCCUCCACUCACCUUGAGCCAUAUCCCUUCCUUCAUCUCAACAGAGGAACCCCCACCAUACUCGCCGACGCACACGAUCCUCCCGCACUAUUUUUCCCUCGAACCAAUCCCUAUACGAACGUAUAUCAUCAAAGACUCAUCCUCAGUCCCGUUUCUUUUCGAUUUUUGGUUAAGCGUCCCAGUCAACGGCUCUUUCUCGCGUCCCCAAUCGCCCACGAUAGCAGCAGCGCAUCUUCACCAACAGCUACAGCAAGAACGUGGCCCAUUUCCUUCCUCGGCCCAGUAUAACGUUCAACAACAGCUGCAACAGCAGUACCGAAAUGAACUCAAGUUCUGUAUCAUACGACCACAGCAUACCGACAGAACCGCGAUUUCCUCGACCCAUUCCUCAGCCUCAAACCCAUACUUCAUCCCGGCCUUGGCCCUCGUGGCCGCGAAUCACCCCUCUCGAUGGAUCUGGUGGGGCACCGAAGCGCUUCAGAUGGUUGUUUUUGGAAGGCAGCUGAAGAACAUUAUUAUGGAGUGGCGAUGGAAGCAUGGGAGGACGAGGAUUGGUGGACCCGUGGUGAAUCGGUUGGUUGGGUGUAGUUUCCGCGUGGCGGACGAAAGGAGGUUUUGUUGGAAAAUUGGAUCGGGAAGACCUCGACGGAGAGGGGUAGGGGGAAGUACUUCUGCUGCUGCAGCGGCAGCAGCAGGAGCGAUGAUAGUGCCGGGGCAGCAGCAGUCGGCGAUCAAUCGAGUGGGGAAUAAUUGGUUCGGAUCGUUCUUUGGAAGGACCACAACACCACCCUUGCCCUCGUCUGAGCGCCACGACAGCAAUACUAUCGCUCUCGAACACGUCCGCAUCUCCAUAUCCUCAGAAUCCACACCCGAUGGACUUCAUCCAUCACCCUCCGAUCCCGCAACCCUUCGCGAACAAGAAUCCGCUGCUGCCACUGCCGCCGACCAAGAAGACGACGAAGAGGCUGGAUGCUACCAUUUGCGAGAAGAGAGCCUGACUGGUACGACGGGGCGGAUCGUGGCGGUGUACCGUCCUGGACGUCCCGCGAACCGUGCACUCGAUCGGCCAGCCAUGUCAAAGCGGUUGGAGAUCUUUACUGAGUUGGGGGAGAAGUGUGAGACGGCAUUGAUGUUGAUGUGUGUAAGGCUGGAUGAUUUGUUCAUGGCCAUCCCGGAUGAUAAGAAGGGAUCGUUUACCGAUCCGGUUGCAGUACAGAGGAAUGGAGGCCGGAGUGGAAAUGGGAGUGAAGGCGCAGGAGGUGGUGAGGAUACGACUGAGCAGGGCGGAGAGACUGAAGGAGGAGAACCAGGAGGAAGAGAGAGUGGUACAGGAGAGGGGGAGGAUGAUCGGAGGAGUGAGAUAUCGGUGAUGAAGAGGUUGUUGGGUGGACGACAUACGUGGAGAUUGAGGAUCAAGUGGGUAAUUGCAACGAUCUUGGUAGCAGUUGUCAUCGUCUUGAUCCUCAAACCAAAGUUCUCUCAGUCUUCGUAAACCUCUAAAUAAGACCUUUAGUGUGUAUACACAUGAGCACACCAGUGAACAUGCCAUGGACUUUGAAUACACCGAUGAACGCAAAACGCAUUCAAGCGUAAAAUAUGUAAACAUGAU